GAGAUGAAGGGCUUCAAAAACAAGCCUAAGAAGAAGGGUCACAUUCAGCCUGAUCUGAUCGACGUGGAUUUAAUCAGAGGCUCUACAUUUGCCAAAGCCAAGCCUGAAAUUCCCUGGACAUCGCUAACUCGGAAAGGAAUUGUGAGAGUUGUAUUUUUUCCAUUAUUCAGCCAGUGGUGGAUACAGGUUACUUCCCAGCGUAUUUUUAUGUGGCUUCUGGUGCUCUAUGUUAUGCAAGUCAUAGCAGUUGUGUUGUAUUUCAUGAUGCCUGUUGUGAAUGCAAGUGAAGUCAUGGGACCAAUGUGCCUUAUGUUACUGAUGGGAACUGUUCACUGUCAAAUAGUGUCCACCCAGAUCAACAAACCUUCAGGAAACAACGGACUCAGCAGGCGGAGGAGGAAGUUACGCAAAUCUGUGGGUGUCGAUGGGAACAGUUGGUCUUCAUCUGACAAAAACAGUAAAGAAGAGCAGUCUGAAUCUGCAUCCAUUCUUAACAAUUUAUUUAGUAUGCUUUUCCGAAGGAGGAUUAGAAGAGUAAAGUUGGUAGCUGAGAAAGGGACUGAGACAGAAAAUGGUGUGAAUGCUGUGAAUAAUGUCAUUAAGCACAGACAUGCCAGAUCUGAAUACAGGCUGUUGCACUUCAAAGAGAAAAAUAAACUUUCCGAUGGGGAAAAGAGCCAUCAGGAUGACUGCGCCAACAGAGGUGGCAUUUCUGAUGAGCUUUCGAGUGAGGAGGAUGCUGAAGCAAUGGCACAAAGGAUCUUGUUACGCCAGAAUGUAGAAGGGGCUUCCAGUGACAAUAGCUAUGAAGAGAAGAAAAAGAGGCCUCUUGUUUCUUUGAACCAGGCUGUCUCACAGGUCAAGCAAGCCCUUAAAGGUGCCAGAGACUCUGAUAGUGUCAUGGAAUCUGAACUAGAAUCCACAUUAUAUAGUCAGGACUCGAGGCCCUGCCUUAGUGUGGGGUCCCGGAGCUGUAGUGUGACCCGGAGAGACUCGGAAAGUACUCGCCAUGACUCUGAGACAGAAGAUAUGCUUUGGGACGAUCUGCUUCACGGGCCAGAGUGUCGCUCAUCCUGCACCAGCGACAGUGAGGAAGUGACUGUAAGAGGUACCAGGCGGGAUUUGAAGGAAGAUGUUUUCCAGCAGAAUCAUUUGUUUUGGCUGCAGAAUACAAGUCCAGCAUCUGCAAAAGUGAGUGCACUGAUCUGGGAAGGGAAUGACUGUAAGAAGGUGGACAUGUCUGUGCUGGAGAUCAGUGGGAUUAUCAUGAGCAGGGUUAAUGCCUACCAGCAAGGAGUGGGUUAUCAAAUGCUGGGAAACAUCAUCACCAUUGGAUUAGCAUUCCUACCAUUCCUCUACAGACUCUUCUGCACAGAUAACCUGGAGCAGCUGUGCUCAAUUUCUCUAAUGGAGUUUUUGCACAUCUUUUGUGGAGCACCUGCUAGCACUCCUGUCAUUGUGUUGUCUGCAAUCAACUUCCUUGAAAGACUUUGCUUAACCUGGAUGUUUUUCUUCAUGAUGUGUGUUGCUGAGAGAACAUACAAACAGAGGUUUUUGUUUGCCAAACUUUUUAGUCACAUUACAUCUGCUCGGAAAGCCAGGAAAUACGAAAUUCCUCACUUUAGACUCAAGAAGGUAGAAAACAUUAAGAUCUGGUUAUCCCUUCGUUCCUAUCUAAAGAGGCGAGGCCCCCAGCGAUCUGUGGAUGUUGUCGUAUCAUCAGUCUUUUUACUGGCUCUUUCAAUUGCUUUUAUAUGCUGUGCCCAGGUUCUUAAGGGUCACAAAACAUUUCUGAAUGCAGCUUACAACUGGGAGUUCCUAAUCUGGGAGGCAGCACUUCUUCUCUUUUUACUACGUCUGGCAUCUUUGGGCUCCGAAACCAACAAGAAAUACAGUAAUAUUUCAAUCUUGCUCACUGAGCAGAUAAACUUAUACCUAAAGAUGGAGAAGAAGCCAAACAAGAAAGAACAGCUGUCUCUAGUAAACAAUGUUUUGAAACUAUCUACAAAGCUACUGAAGGAAUUAGAUACUCCAUUUAGGCUGUAUGGACUGACCAUGAAUCCAUUAAUCUACAAUAUAACACGUGUUGUAAUACUCUCUGCUGUCUCAGGUGUUAUAAGUGAUCUUCUAGGAUUCAAUAUCAGAUUAUGGAAAAUUAAACCGUGAACUGACCAAACAUCAGCACUCAGCCCUCUCCACCAGAAAGAGACCAGAGAAGAUAACCAAUAGCUUGGGCAAAAAGCAGAGGUGCUCUCAAACUACAGAAAUCUGUAAUUGUGAUUUUUUUAACAGGUUCUCAGCGUACAUAUCGAAAGUUCUCCCUCUGCUUUACUGUUCUAUAACAUACAGAAUAAGCUGGUCUAAUUAGCAAAGUCAUCCCAUGGCAUGGACACACAGCAAAAGAGAAUUAAUGGGGCCAAAUACUAGUAGCUGGCAUUGAAAAUAGCAGGAACUGUGUGCACACAGCGUGGGGCAUCGAACACUAAAAGCCACACGAGAGCUCCUACUGGAGGGACACCGAUGAUUGCUACAGGUGCCUUGUUUCUGUAAAAUCUGAAUCCUGUGCGUGUGACAAGUGAAGAGUCGGGCCUCCUGUUAGCGUCAUCCUUUUCAGAGAGCUCUGGAGCUACACUGAAAUUUUUCAAUUUGUGCAUCCUUCUUCAGAGCUCUGCUCGGACUGAUAAUACUUAGGUGCAUUUAUCUGAAUGUGCUGAGAAGUAUUUCUUUUCUUACAAGCUCAGCGUGCUUGAGGCUUUGCCUCUUUACCCUGAACUACUGCAGGACGCAGUGAAAUUUGGUCUGCACAAGAUGAAUUCUGCCUCCACGUUGACAGUUAAGCAAUAUAACAGAUUCAUGCUGGUUGGCUUACGUUGGGUCUUCUGCAAAUAAAUGAUCAUUUUUUGAAAACAUUAGUUACAUGAGAACAACCUUAAAACACAAACUACAAGUAAAGCGUUGUCAACUAUAGAAUAUUUCGCUGUUUGUUCCCCGUAACACCUCAGUCAUGCUUAGCCCGGGCUCUGUACCGCGGGCAUCCUGGCGUGUCUUCUUCUGACAGCCAGCUUUGCUCCGCGUUCUGAGAAGCUGUUGCAGCUCCGCACUGCAAUAGUGCCUUACACUGGAAUAGCCGAGGAAGAAAUCCGUUGUGCGGAUCAGUUCAGUGGAAGAGAUGCGGCAAAGACUUCCUCGCCCAAAAGCAGAAUAAUGUUUAGAAAGGGCAUAGGAGAGAAACAAAAUGUUUUAAAGACAUCUGUUAAACGUAGAUGUUCCUUAACUGACUCUACUAUCUUCUAUUAUAUUAGUAAUGAAAAAAGCAAAAACUGAGGAACUUUUCAUAGCUUCAUUCUUUCACAUAAGGGGUAAGAUGGCAUAAGAAUUUUUGGUAGUAAAUUGUUUACAGCUAUUUUCUGUACAAGGAAAAGUUGUAAGAUGUAAAAGGAGAUGACAAUUUUAUAUAUCAAAAUGUGCAAAUAAACCUACAGUACAAGUAUUUCAUCAUUAACAACUGUUUCUACAUGACUUGAUGAUUUCUGUAACACCUUUGUUGAACAUUUGUUAUUUGAACAGGGAAUCAAAGAAACUUCCAAUAAUAAAUUGCAUUUGUUUUCCAGAAGAGUACUAUGUUUGUGGGUAAAACCUGGGUCAUAGAUUCAGCUGUUUAAAGUAUCGCACCACUGAAAGUCAACGAAGAAUCUAUUUUAUACAGUGCAGAACCAACAGGCCAUGAACUGGAGUUUCUUUUUAAUAUCUAUAUAAAAAAUAAUGAGCGAUUUACAGGUCUGUCUCUAGUCAGAACCUCAGAAGUAUGUAUAAAGGUGCUGUACAAUAUAUAAACAUUUACACCCAGUACAUCCAUACGUUGCUUAGCAUUCCAAGGCCACAUUGCUAAGUCAUCUGAUACAGUAAGUACAGAUACAAGUUCUAUGGAAGGAGAAAUCACACACAGGUAAGACACGAAAUCAGGUCACAUUAACAUAUAGAAAAAAUACAGGGGUAUGAUGACAGGGAAAUAAUUUCAGUGGUGCUAAUUCAUCUUUGUAUUAAACAUCUGAAUUUGUUACUGUACUCAGCGGUUAGGGCAAGUGCAUACAACUCAACAUAAAACAGAAUCUCUUGUUAAGAAUACAUGGUUAAUAUCUACAUAGGCUACUUCAAAGUAUUAAAUAUUUUCACAGUCAUACUCCACAACAUGGAGUAUUUGUAUGUAUUAUGCUACACAGCAAAUCUCAGUGGAUCAUCCAAUGUCAAGCAGCAGAGCACAGUUCAGAUCUGCUUUAAAGUCUAUUUAAUUUUCAAAGUCUUUGUUUAAAAAGCUGUUUGAGUAGUCAUCUGUACUUCUAAAGAAUUCAACUCAGAACUGAUUCACUGUACUUCAUUAAGCUUUAAAAACAUUAAAUGUUUCAAAGCCAAAACGAAAUAUUGACUCAUUCACCUUCAAAUAGCAAAUCGUCUUAUUUUGAAUUUUAAUAUGAGUAAGUAAAGCUUGACCUUGUACACUUCUUUCUCCUGCAAACGACCCAUGGGCUCCUUCUACCACUUUUUUGCAGUCAUUAAAAGCCUAACAUGUCAGGAAAUCAUGACUAGAACUAUGAAGAAAAUAAAACCCUUCAAUUUAUGCAGUCUGCUGUUCUUACAGCUGUAGGACUGAUGUGUCAGUAGAUUCUGGUGGUAACGUUCCUCUUUUUAAAAUAUGUAUUAUAGCCCAAACAAUAGAUAUUAAGUCUCAUGUACCCUGUAUAUCAUCCUAUUUAGCACUCUUAGAACAGAUCACACAUUCAAAGUAACGUAUGGGAGACUUCUAAUAUACGCAGGCAAGAACUUCAUUUAAGAAGCUACUAUGGCAGUUGGUUCUGUCCUAAAGGUCAGCUGUUAUCUCUGCAGAGGGAAAAAAUCCGAUUCCUGAACUAGCAUUAAAUAAUUAAAGAUGGGAGUUCAGUACACAGCACCACAAUGAGGCGGAAAACAAAUGUGCACUCAUUGCUUAUGUUUACAAAGAACGCUAAGGAUGACACAGUGCCACAAGUGAAACCAAAGGAAUUAUGUUAUUUAACAGAACCCAGAAUUUUCUCUUUUCAGACAGAUGUUUGCAAACACUUGUUAUAAGCCUCCUUAUGAAUCAAGAAAAUAAAGCAAUUUUGCUGUGUUCA